AUCAAGAGCACUCCUUCCUGUAUGAAUGUGACUAAGAAACCAUUAGUGCUGCUGAUGAAUCAGUAACAGAGGGGGCUGACUGUGCAAACAGUGGAAACUUUAGAUGUUGACUGAGAAAGAAAAUAUUCCACAGAACAGCACAGUACUGUUUAAAUUCAUCCUUCUGGGUCUUUCUGAUGAGCCCAGCAUGCAAAGUAUAUUAUUUUCCAUUUUUCUCGUGAUCUAUAUCAUCAUUCUGGCAGGAAAUCUCCUCAUCAUUCUCCUCACAUUGCUGGAUCCGGCCCUUCACACACCCAUGUAUUUCUUCUUGAGAAACCUGUCCUUUUUAGAGAUCUGUUACACAUCAGUCAAUGUCCCAAAGAUGCUUUGGAAUCUUCUGUCUGGGAACAAGUCCAUCUCUUUCCUAGGAUGUGCUGUACAGACUUAUUUUGCAUUUUUUCUUGGUGGUUCAGAAUGUUUCCUCUUGGCUACAAUGGCCUACGAUCGCUAUGUUGCCAUUUGUAAACCUCUUCACUACCAUGUCUUCAUGAACAGCAAAGUCUGCAUGGGUUUAGCUGUGGCCUCUUGGUUCAGUGGCUUUUUUAUGUCCUUUGGUCACACCAGUAUGGUGUUCACCUUGUCCUUUUGUGGGUCCAAUGAGAUUAACCACUUCUUUUGUGACAUCCCCCCAUUACUGAAAUUGGCUUGUGGGGACACUUCGAGGAUUGAAAUAGCUGUGUUUGUAGUAGCGAUGAUAUUUGUAACUUUUCCAUUUGUCUUGAUCUUAAUGUCUUAUGCUGGUAUCAUUGCCACCAUUCUGGGAAUUUCUUCUGCUGAGGGUCGAAAAAAGACUUUCUCCACCUGCUCAUCACACCUCAUUGUUGUGGUCUUAUUCUUUGGUUCUGCAUCCAUAAUGUACUUGAAACCCAAUUCAACUUAUUCACCUAACACUGAUAAAUAUCUGUCUCUUUUCUAUACAGUGUUUAGCCCAAUAUUGAAUCCUAUCAUAUACAGCUUGCGGAAUAAAGAAGAAGAAAAUGCUAUGCUCAGGAUUAUAGGACAAACAUGGGCAAAUGUGGAAUGA